AAUGGGUGCUGCUGUAUCCUAUUGUGCUUCCGCUGCCGCUGCCGCAAUCCGCGUAAUUCUCGAAGUGAUAAGGGGCAACGAGGUCAAAGAAAACCCGACGAUGUCCCAGAUCGAGAAAGAGCAUAAAAGAAAGGAAGCUGAAGCUUAUCGUCGUCACGUCGACUCACAUUUGGAGAGAGAGAAGAAAGAGCAAGCCGAUAGAGCUGCAAAAGAGAAGGGGGCCACACAGGAGAAUGCGAAGGCAAAAGAAAAGGUGAUGGAAGAGACGAUGGAAAUUCAGGUGGCGACGGAGGCCAAAUGGAAGAAGGGCGUUCACCCGAAUGGCCUUCUAAAGAGCGGUACGACAUGGUCAAACGGCAUCUUUACCAGGACCGGAAAUUCCAUCUCGCUAUCGCUGGAAAAUCGGGAACUGGCAAGUCGUCUCUCAUUAAUGCAUUUCGAGGCAUCUGGGAUGGAGAGGAGGGAUCUGCCUCAACUGAUGUCGUCGAAAGCACUACCACCGUUACCCCAUACCCUGACCCUAAUCCUGCCAACCCUUUUAUCUGGUUCGACAUUCCAGGUUCGGGAACGGUCAACUGCCCUGAUUGGACAUAUUUCAAUGACCAAGGUCUCUAUAUCUUUGACGCCAUCAUCGUUCUUCUGGGCGACCGUUUUACAGAGUCGGAUCUUGCAAUUCUAAAGAAUUGCAAACGAUAUAGUAUCCCCACAUACAUUGUUCGCUCAAAAUCCGACAUACACAUUGAGGACCUUGCCGAGAAGAAACGGAGGGUUGCUGACCCGCGGGCUGAUCUCAUAAAGAUUGCUGACGAAGCACGUAACGAGUAUCUCGCCAAGACGCAGGAGACUGUUCGGCGCAAUCUGAUGAAUAUCGACCCUCCCCCUCUCCCCCAGAGGGUGUAUGCCGUUUCUCGGAAUACGCUCACUUUGUUGGUCCGGGAGGAAUCCCUCGAUGAUCUUGACGUGCUUGAUGAGCACGAGCUGCUGAGGGACUUACUUCAGGAUGCAUAUUCUCGGCGUUCUGAGAAAUCCCUACAUGUCAUGCAAGCUCUGAUGAAGAAUGCUGGUACAGAGGUCUUCCAGGACCCAUGUUUAUUCCCUGAGAGCUUCGGUCAAAAGUCCGGACAAAAUUUUGGAUUCCGAGACCCGAUCUUAGGUCAAAAUCCGGACAAAAUGACCCCCCCGCGCUGCAAGCUCGAAUCUGAAAUCCGGACCACUAUGCGACAAUACUUAGAGGUUACAUCGAAGUCCGGACAAGUGGCAGCGAUUGAGGCAAGAAUGACAGAGCAAAGGUUGGGUCUAUUAUUGUCUCUGGCAUGUACAUUGUCUGAUAUUUAGCAUUGUCAUACUAAGUAUAAACCAACUGCGUCCCCACUUGAUAAAAAAUGUAAUUGUAAUAUAUUUUGCUUCAACGAGAUUUGCCCUGUCGUUUAAAUAUUA